AUGAGAAAAUUGACCUUGGCCCUGCUCCUUGCAGGCACAGGCGCAUUUGCAUCCGGCGUUGUCGCCAAGGAUGCAGGCUAUGUCGGAAACGUCGACACCGUUCACGGCGAACAGGCCGCAAAAAGGGCGAGCGGCAAGGUGUUUGUCGACACCAACCGGAAUUCAAGGCUGGAUGCAGGCGAAAGCGGUCUGCCAGGCGUCCUUGUUUCGAAUGGUCGGGAAGUCGUUGUCACCGGACCGGAUGGCUCCUAUGAGUUGCCGGCCUAUGACGACAUGAACCUGUUCGUCACGAAACCCGCCGAGUUUUCUCCGCCGGUCAAUGCGGAUCUGGUUCCGCAGUUCAACUACGUUCACAAGGUGGCCGGUUCCCCGGACCUGCGCUUUGGCGGAAUAAAGCCCACGGGUCCGCUGCCGCAGGCUGUGAAUUUUCCACUGAUCGAGGACAAAGUCGGCGACGAUUUCCAGUGCCUCGUAUUCGGCGACACGCAGCCUUACACAAAUGCGGAGAUCAGCUAUGUGCGCAAAACCGUAGGCAACAUGCUGACCAACCGCGACAACUCCAAAACCCAAUGCCUUCUUUUCGAAGGCGACGUGAUGGGUGAUGAUCUGUCGCUUUAUCCGCGCUUCAAGAAGAUCAUCGCAACCGGCGGCGUGCCGCAAUAUUACGUUGCCGGCAAUCACGACCUGGAUUUUGAUGCCACAAGCGAUGCUGACAGCUUCGAUACCUUCCGCCGCGAAUUCGGUCCGGAAUACUACUCCUUCGACAUCGGUCAGGUGCAUUUCAUCGUUCUCGAUGACGUGCGCUACCCGUGUAACGGUGUCGAUUCCCACGCGUUUUGCGAUCUGUCCGCCAAACCGUCCUACAACGGCGUUAUCUCCGAGCGCCAGCUGGAAUGGCUAAAGAACGAUCUGGCCCAUGUACCGGACGACAAACUGAUUGUUCUCAGUGCCCAUAUUCCAUUCGUCACCUACACGGAUGCCUCCGCGCAGAAACAUCAGGUGGACAAUCUGGACAAACUCUACGAGUUGAUCGGCGACCGGCCGGCACUCGGCCUUUCCGGCCACACUCACACCACCGAACAGAUCCUGCCGGGUGAGUAUUUCAAGGGUUGGAAGGAAGCAACCAAUACCGGACCGGCGAAAUUCCACCAGAUCGUUACGGGAGCCGUUUCCGGCUCCUGGUGGGCUGGCGAUCUCAACAAUUCGGGUGUGCCGCAUGGGACGCAGCGCCUCGGCUCCCCACGUGGCUACUAUGUUCUGGAUUUCUCCGGCCCGGACUAUGUCGAUACCUACAUGACCUUCGAAGGCACCAGGGACGAUCAGUUGCACGUCUCGUUCAAUACGCCUCGGUUCCGCGACUGGGCGGAAAAACUGGUCAGCUACACGGAUCUUUACGAUGUCCCGAGCGACAUCACGCCGCCGGUCACGGUCAACGAUCUCGGCGACAUGGACAUGCUGACGAAGAAGGAUCUCGCCGACACCACCUAUGUUGCCGUCAAUGUCUGGAACGGUUCAAAGGACACCGAGGUUUCAUUCAGGAUUAACGGCGGUUCUGCAUCCGUGGCGAUGCGCACGCAAAAAGGUGACGGCGAAGAAGUCCUCGACGGUCCGACCUAUGCUGACCCACUCGCGCUUGCCAGGCAAUCAACAAACGGCAGAAUUGCUGUGAGGAGCACCGAAGGCGGCGAGGUAAACUCCGGGUUCUAUACCUGGCAAGGCACUCAUUGGACCGGUGCUGCGGGGCCGUUCCAGAACUGGAUGCUGUCCACGAAGUCCAGCCACCUAUGGCGUGCGGAGCUCCCCAAGGACCUGCCGGUCGGUAUCCAUACGCUGGAGGUAACAACAACGGACCGCUACGGACGCUCCUUCCGGCAGACCAAAACCUUCGAAGUUGUUGAAGACCUGCCGCAAAUGACAUGGCAGGAUAAAUUCUGGCAGUAA